GCGCGGCCGAGGAGCUCCGCGCCCCCCGCGCAUCCUGCGCACCCGCGCACCCGCGCACGGAGCCGGCGGGGCACGCGGGCUCCGGAAGAUCCCGGGCGGUUGUUGUGACAAGGGCUGGUUUUCCGCAAGACUGCUUUUUCUUUAUUUUUUUAACUCCCCCAUUUUUUAAAUUAUAUAUAUAUAUAUAUUUUUUAAUAAUUCCGUUUUCCUGCGAGAACAGCCCUCCCGCCUCCCGCUCCACAGCAGCGCCCGCCGAGGGCCACAGGUGUGUAGGCAGGAAUCACAGCCAUAACGAACGGGGAAAAGGCCGGCAGAACCCACCCGGCCCCGGCGACCCGAAGGAUGCUGCCGCAGUGCCGCUGCUAAAGGACACGCUGGGACUCAGCUCUCCUCUGAGACUCGCUCUGCCCCGCUUUUGCCCUCUCCCUUCUCCGCAGAGGGGUCCCGGACGGGGUGAGGCCCUUCCACCCUCCUCCUCUUCCUCCUCUCCUCCCUGGCCGCGGGAAGCCCCUCUCCAUGAUGCAGGCUCGCUACUCCGUUUCGGACCCCAACGCUUUGGGAGUGGUGCCGUAUUUAAGCGAACAGAACUACUACCGAACGGCGGGGACGUACGGCGGGAUGGGUAACCCCAUGAGCGUGUACCCGGGCCCCGCCGAGCAGUACGCGGCGGGCAUGGGGCGCUCCUACGGCCCCUAUCACCCCCACCAGCCCACCGCCCCCAAGGACCUGGUGAAGCCGCCCUACAGCUACAUCGCUCUCAUCACCAUGGCCAUCCAGAACGCCCCCGACAAGAAGAUCACGCUCAAUGGGAUUUACCAGUUCAUCAUGGACCGCUUCCCCUUCUACCGAGAGAACAAGCAGGGCUGGCAGAACAGCAUCCGCCACAAUCUCUCCCUCAACGAGUGCUUCGUCAAAGUACCCCGCGACGACAAGAAGCCGGGUAAGGGCAGCUACUGGACCCUGGACCCCGACUCCUACAACAUGUUCGAAAACGGCAGCUUCCUGCGCCGCAGGAGACGCUUCAAGAAGAAGGAUGUCUCCAAGGAGAAAGAGGAGGCCCGGGAACGGCUGCUGAAGGAGCAGUCUAAGCCCCCCGGACUGCCCGGCGCCGACCUCCCGAAGGAAGCUUCCUCUUCCUCCUCUUCCUCUUCCUCCUCCUCCACCUCGGCGCCGGCUUCCGAGAAGAAGGUGGUCAUCAAGAGCGAGACGGCGUCUCCCGAGCUGCCGGUGAUCACCAAAGUGGAGACGUUGAGCCCGGCCAGCGGCGGGGCGCUGCGGGACAGUCCCCGCAGCGCCGGCUCUCCCCCCGCCGCUGCUUCUCCCGGGACCGCUCUGCCCGAGCACCACCCUGCCGGCACCGGGCUGCCGGGCUUCACCGUGGAGAGCAUCAUGACGCUGAGGACUUCCCCGGCGGGGGACCUCGGCCCUGUGAGUGCCGCCCCAGGCCGGGCGGGCACCGCUCUGCCGCUGGGCUACCCACCGGGGCAGCCGUCGGGGUACGGCGCGGCGUGCAGCCAGGCCGCGGACACUAGUGGGAGCUACCACUGCAGCGUGCGCGCUAUGAGCCUGUAUAGCGGCGAGAGGCCGGGCCACAUGUGCGUGCCCCCCGCCGCGCUGGAGGAUGGCCUAGCCGAGCACCCCCAGGGUGCCCCAUCGCCCCUCGGCACCCUCGGCCUGCCGGCGGGGCAAGAAGGGGCUCUGGGGACGGGGCACCCCCACGGUGGCGGCGGCGGCGGCGGAGGGGGGGCAGCGGGAGGGGGGCAGCCUCCUGCCUCCUGGUACCUCAACCAUGGGGCUGAGCUGAGCCACCUGCCCGGGCACACGUUCGGCUCCCAGCAGCAGACUUUUCCCAACGUACGGGAAAUGUUCACGUCGCACCGGCUGGGGAUGGAGAGCGCCUCGCUCAGCGACCACCAGGUGAGCAGCAACUCCGCCUGUCAGAUCCCAUACAGAUCCGCGCCCUCCCUCUACCGCCACGCCGCCCCCUACUCCUACGACUGCACUAAGUACUGAGUAGCCGACACCCCCCGCCUAGGGCCACCCGCCAGAAAGAAAAGUGAAAAAAAAAAUGAUUACUAUUAAUAAUAAUAAUUAAAAAAAAAAAUAGGAGAAAUAAAAAUACACCAAAAGCUUCAGAUGCAGGAAAAAAAAAAUAAUCAAAGAAUAAAAAUAAAAUAUGACAUUUUCUUUGUGAACUUGGGGAUCACAGUCUGUAGAUCACAAGCCCAAUUUCGGGCCUCGUUAAGGUCCAGACAAAUAAAUCCUGCUUGAAGAGGGGAUAUCUCCUAAAAAAAAAUUAAAAAAAAAAAAGAAUAAAAAAGAAUAAUUCUAUAUAUAUAUGUCUAUCUAGAAGUGGCAAGAUUUAUAUGCUAAACUAUAGGGGAUCUCAGAAAAAAAUAAGUUAUGGACCAAUAUCACAACGACCAUUUAUACUUUUUAAAAGGAAAAAAAAAAAAAAAAGGAAGUAUAUAAAUAUAUAUAUAUAAAUAUAUGUCCUGGGUAUUUUUUAAGUUCUCUGUUGUGCUGUAAAAAUGUGUGGAUUUCUAAUCAGGCUGAUUUUCAGAGCCAUUAAUAUAAUAUUUAAAGUUGAAUUCACUGGAUUACUUUUGUCUCGCCCAACGAUUCCUAACUUCCAAAUUAAUGACAAGUGAUUUCUUCUUUUUCUUCUGUGUACAAUUAUGCAAUAGUUUCUCUGGUUUUAGAGCUGUUCUUUUCACAAGAUGAGGAAAUAAUUUAUUUUUUGCUGGUGGAUUCUCUUUUUUUUUUUUUUUUUGAAAGGAAAAAAAAGACAAAGUAUCUGAUACUUUUUUAUUAUUAUUUACGACGUGUGAUGUUUUGUAUAAUAGAUUUCACCUUGACCAUUCCUAAGGACUAUUUGCUUUAACCUGCUUCAAAGUUCGUUUGUCUUAUGUGGCCCUAAUUGUUGUACUUACCUUAAAAUAAAUCCAUGCUGGUUUUUUUCUGCUCCAA